AAACAUGAACGUGAGUUAAAAGAAAAAAAAUGCUAAUGCUAGGUUUUUUUUUUUAAAAAAAAAACAUAAAGAAAGUUUUGAGUUUCCAUUUGUUAGGAGAUAAAAUUAUCGAAGGGCAUUUUGGUCCGUGAAGGGCAAAUCCCAUACAAUGAUGGGAGAAAUAGCAAGACUGGCAUUGAAAUCGUCUGAGAUUCAGUCAUCCAAAACUCGAAAAGAAAGGAACACAAUCAAAUCUACCAUAAUCUCAAAUGAUGGGGUUUGCAAUGGGAUGUUCUUUUCCUUUACACUCCUCAACUUAUCACUCUCUUUUCCCUUCUUUUUCAUCUUCUUCACAGCCUCUUUUCCUCUACUCUUGCCAAAGAAAACCACAUGAUUUCAGUAAGAGAAGAAAAAUCCAUGCUUGUAUGCAACACCAUGACCCCAACAAAGACGAUUUCUGCCAGAGAAGAGCGAUUCUUUUCAUGGGUGUUUCUGUUCUUCCGCUCUUGAAUUUAAAAGCAAGAGCUGUUGAAAAUUCCGCUCCGGAUGAGUCGGAAGAUUCUGCAAGGGCGCAAGAACGAAAUCAAAUAGCCGAGGCACCAACUAAUGGAGAUUCAUCACCAAAUCCUUUUAUUACUCUUUCGAGUGGACUUGGAAUAAUUGCUUCAGGUGUUCUUGGUGCCUUUUAUGCAUUGGCUCAGAAGGAAAAGUCAGCCGACAUGUUGACUAUAGAAUCUAUGACAGCUAAACUGGUGGAAAAGGAAGCUGCACUUGUUUCAAUGAAGAAAAACUUCGAGUCAAAACUGCAGAAUGAAAAGGAAGAAAAAAACGAACAAAUUAGAAAAUCGAAUCAAGAGAAGCAAUCAUUAAUGAGCCAAUUAAGUUCAGCAAAUAGCACGAUAAAGGGUUUAGGACAAGAGCUUCAAAAAGAGAAGAAGGUGAAAGAUAAGCUUUUCUCCAUUCAAGUGCUUCAAGAACGGAUAAAUUUGCUUACAUCUGAAAUCAAAGAUAAAGAAGACAAUCUUGCAAAUUUAAGCUCAACCCUUGAAGCCAAAGAAUCUGAGUUCAAGAAACUGAAUUCUGUGUAUGAAGAAACAUGUGCUGAAUUGGGUGGUUCAAAUUCGGAAAUCCAAAGGCUAAAACAAGAAAUCUUUAAACUUGAGAAAGAAUUAGAAUCGAAGAGUUUGAAUCUUGAUGAUCUGAAUGCAGAAAUUCGAUCUUUAUGUGAUGCAAAAAACGUUAUUAGUGAAGAACUGGAGUCUGUUAGGAAGGAGUACAGUGAUUUGAAGCUCUCUUCAGAACAGAAAUCGGCCUCUGAUGCUAAGCUUUUGAAAGAAAGGGAAAAGGAACUCGAAGAGCUUAAAGAACAGCUCGAGUCUUCUUUGACCAAUGUAGAAAAAAACGAAGAAUUAAUCAGCGUUUUGACGAAUGAAAGGGAUGAUUUGAAAAAAAGAUUGAAUCUGGAAGAGGGUAAAGUCGAAAAUCUUGAAGAGGAGCUUCGUGUAGUUCAGAGAACGUUAGGCGACACAAGAAACGAGGCUGCUGAGCUGGCGGGACGUCUCGAAAUCUCCGAGAAUACAUGCAAGGAGCUUGAAGGAGAGAUUUCGAGGGUUCAAAUCGAGUAUUCUGAAGCUAAACAAGGAUUACAUGAUAACAUCGAUAAACUGAAACAAACUGUCGAAAUAUUGGCUGAAGAACUCGCUGGAAGUAAAGACGUUUUGGAAAGAACGAAGGAGGAAUUAAAGAGGGUGUCUGGUGAACUUCUAGAAGCAUCUGAAACACGCGAUGAUUUGAGGGACGAACUGGUGGAAACGUAUAAGAAACUUGAAAUUGUGAGCAACGAGGUUAAAGAAGAAAGGAAGACGAUCGGUGAUUUGACUAAAAAAGUCAACACUCUAGAAACUGAGAUUUUGAAAAUUAGGGAUUCGAAAAAGUCGGUGGAAAUGGAUUUGGAAGAAGCGACGAGAGCACUUGAUGAGCUGAAUAAGAACACGGUGAUUCUAUCGAGGGAAUUGGAGAUCUCAAAGGGUAAGAUUUCUGAGCUUGAAGACGAGAAGGAAGUUUUGUAUAAUUCCAUUAAUGAACAGAAACAUACGAUUAAAGAAGCUCGAGAAAACAUGGAAGAUGCUCAUGGAAUGAUUGUGAAAUUGGGAAAGGAACGGGAGAGUUUGGAGAAGAAAGGAAGCAAACUUGAGAAGGAAAUGGCGGCUGCUAAGGGUGAGAUUUUGCGAUUGAGAAGCGAAAUGAGUUCUGGAGAAAAGGGGAAUAAGAAUAGAAGUGAAGGAAAUGCAGAAAAGGGGAAUAAGAGUGGAAGUGAUGAUGAAGGUGCAGGAGUUGUGAAGAAAGGUGGGAGGAGGAAGAAGGUUGUAUCACAACAGAAAGAAUCUUGA